UCCAACACAUACUAAUUAACAUAACAUAAUUAAGUAGCCUCAAAAUAUUCAUUCUAUCGGAAUCACACCCUCACAAUGAACACAACAAACCUCAUCCUCCUAAUUACCACAAUCUUCAUCGCCGCCGCCGUCGCUCUGCAAAACGACACCGACGCCAUGGAGAAGAGGUACCGGGAAUGGCUCAGCCGCUACAAACGCCGAUACAACAACAGGGACGAAUGGAACAUGCGGUUCGGGAUCUACCAGUCCAAUGUUCAGUUCAUCGAAUUCGUCAAUUCUCAGAAUCUCUCUUACGUCCUCACCGACAAUCAGUUUGCAGACAUGACAAACCUCGAGUUCCAAUCGAUGUACAUGGGCUACGGAAAAAGUAACAGAUCGAAUAUUAUAAUGCAUGAAAGUGUGUCGACGACGAAUGUGACCUUUACUGCACAAUCUAGUGUGGAUUGGAGGAAGAAGGGUGCGGUGACUCCGAUGAAGGACCAAGGCUCUUGCGGCAGUUGCUGGGCAUUCUCUGCAGUUGCAGCAAUAGAAGGCAUCAACAAGAUCAAGACCAACAAGUUGGUCUCCUUAUCAGAGCAAGAGCUCAUCGACUGCGAUGUCAAUCGCGAUAACCAGGGCUGCAAUGGCGGAUACAUGGAAAAAGCCUUCGAGUUCAUUAUAAAGAACCGCGGCAUAAGCGCAGAAAAGGAUUAUCCAUACAAGGGCCGCGAUGGCAAGUGCGAUAAAUACAAAAGAAAGAAAGAAGCAACAAUAAGCGGCUACAAAACGAUACCUCCCGGCAACCAGGACUCGUUGCAAGCUGCCGUAGCUAGACAGCCGGUAUCGGUUGCCAUUGAUGCCGGUGGUUAUGAAUUUCAGCUCUACUCAAGAGGGAUCUUUUCGGGCUAUUGUGGGAAGAAUUUGAACCACGGGGUUGCCGUUGUCGGAUAUGGCGUCGAAAAUGGACUCAAGUACUGGAUUGUGAAGAACUCAUGGGGUACUUCUUGGGGUGAAGAAGGAUACAUUAAAAUGGUGCAUAGCUCUAUUGAGAUUGGUGGUAUUUGUGGCAUUGCUUUGAUGGCCUCUUACCCUAUCAAGGAUUAGGGUUUGGAAAUCAAAUGCUUUGUUUUAUACAUGGUUGUGGGAUUUCUAGUCUUGACUGAUUUUUAGUUGAAAAGAUCGAUAAAUAAUUUUAUAGUGAAUUUACAAACCCGCAACUAUAAGUCAUACUAAACUAACUAUAUAUUACAGAUAAGAUGCAAAAAUUGUCGAAGGUUUGUACAGAUGACUUAAUA